AUGUCUGCUGUCUACCUUCUUCUCCUGCUGGUCCCCGCGAUCUCAGCUCAGACCUUUCACUGGGGUGCCUGUCCUAUUCCAGAGGUGCAAUCUAACUUCACCCUUCAACCGUACAUGGGUAUGUGGUAUGAGAUUGAAAAGCUGCCUGAUAUUUUUGGAAGAGGACAGUGCAUCAGGGAGGAAAACACCAUGAUGGAAGAUGGGACCGUUCAAGUGUCGUACUCACAGGUGUGGGACCCCCAGAACCAUCAGGGUAAAAGGUGGUACCUGGAAGGGACAGCCAAGGUUAUAGACCCACAAGAACCAGCCAAGCUUGGAGUCAACUUCUUGUCUUUUCUUCCUUACACCCCAUACUGGGUUCUGUCAACCGACUACACCAACUAUAGCAUUGUGUACUCCUGCAAAAAUGUCUUUGGGAUCUUCUACUUUGAUUUCGCCUGGAUUCUUGCACGGUCACCCUCUUUGCCUCCACAGAUGGUGGAUCAGGCCAAACGGAUACUGAUCAGCGGGGGGAUCGACAUUUCCAAUAUGACUCCCACAGAUCAGAGCUGUAGCGUUUAG